UACGUAAUUAGUGAGCGACACGAAUUUACGACGCUUACACGGUUUUAUUUUUUGUCGUAGAUUGAAAAACAAUAUAUUUUAGUGAAGACAUUUAGAAGAAGAUGCCUAAAGUUGUUUCGCGAAGUGUUGUUUGCUCCGAUACGCGGGAUCGCGAAGAAUAUGACGAUGGAGAGAAACCCCUUCAUGUUUACUACUGUUUAUGCGGCCAAAUGGUGCUUGUACUGGAUUGCCAAAUUGAGAAGUUACCCAUGCGGCCGAGGGACAAGUCCAGGGUUAUAGAUGCCGCCAAACACGCCCACAAGUUCUGCAACGUGGACGACGACGAGUGCCUGUUCCUGAAAAGACCGGAGGGCAUCGAGAGGCAGUACAGAAAGAAAUGUGGAAAGUGCGGCUUGCUGCUCUUUUAUCAGCACCAGGUCAAGAACACUCCGGCAACGUUCAUAGUGGACGGCGCUGUGGUGAAGUUCGGCCAGGGCUUUGGGAGCCCGAGUGUGUACAGCACGAAACAGGAAGCCCCUAAGAAAGUCAGGGUGAUGAUGACCAAACGAACCAAAGACAUGGGCAAGUUCAGCUCUGUUACCGUGUCGACCAUAGAUGAAGAGGAGGAAGAGAUUGAGGCGAGGGAGGUUGCAGACUCGUACGCACAGAAUGCCAAGGUCAUCGAGAAACAGCUGGAGAGGAAGGGCAUGAGCAAGAGGAGAUUGCAGGAGUUGGCUGAACUAGAAGCAAAGAAGGCCAAAAUGAAGGGCACACUCAUUGACAACCAAUUUAAGUAGUUUAAAUGUGUGUGUGUGUGUGCGUAUGUAUGUGUGUGUGUGUGUGUGUGUGUGUGCGCGUGUGUGUGUGUGUGUGU